AUGAAGGAACCUGCGUCUAUGGCCAAUGUGCUCUUCUGCGCCAAUCAGGUGUUCACCACCAACGCAGCAAACUUUGGCUCCCGAAGGCUGUUCAUUAUCACGGAUAACGACAGUCCACAUGGAGAGGACAAGGCGGCAAAGUCUGCGCCAGCAAGCUACCGCCUCAGCGAACAGCUAAGCAAGCAGAUCAAUGUCAUAAUCAGCUGCGUGGUGACCUGCGUCGACUCGUACCUGCGGGUCGGAAUCUCGAGUGAGGAGUACUUCAAGAACGCGAAGAAGAAGAAGUCGUUCCUGGUCUUCCUAUACCAGAUGCUCGACAUUGGCAUCCGGCUAGGCGCCACGGCCACCGAGACGUUUGAGACUUUCUUCGCUAAGGACCCCAACACCAUAGCAGGCGCCCUCACGCUCAGGCAGUCGCUGACAUACACGCGGACGAUUUUCAAAGUGGGGUGGUAUUUCACCGACAAGUAUUACCUCCCUUCGUAG